CACGAUGGUUCAGUUUCUCUAAACUAGAUGGCUUUUGUUUAUUUCCUCGUUUUUUUAUAACUUCUGAACUGAAAAAUUGAAAAAUGACUUCAUUUUCAAUCUCUGCCAAUUCUCUUCAAACUGAACCAUUGGAAAUAACUCACCAAUUUAUAGAAUUAUGUACGCCUCGUAUUCACCUAGAUGUUGAAGGAAACCCCACCGUUACAAGUGAUGAACAGGUGAAAGUUGAAUCCACUAUCGAACAUAUAUUGGAAACUUUUUUAGAAAAUCAUGAGAUAGAUACCACUUUACCCAGGCUAAACCGACUUCAGAUUGUUGAUUUUGUCAGACAUGGCCUAAGCAAACUUUCAGCAUCUUAUGAGUGUUUAGAUGCAAGCAGAACAUGGGUCUGCUACUGGAACCUCCAUUCAUUAGAACUUCUAGAAGUUCCAUUACCAGAUGAAACAAAAAAUGCUGUGAUCUCAUUUUUAAAUUUAUGUCAGAACCCUACAGGGGGAUUUGGUGGCGGACCUUUUCAAUAUUCACAUCUAGCACCUACAUAUGCAGCAGUUAAUGCCCUCGUUAUCCUUCAGUCCGAAGAAGCAUUCAAAAUAAUCAACAGGACAAAUUUAUAUAAUUUCUUAAUGAACUGCAGAAAUGAGGAAGGGGCAUUUGCUUUGCAUGUUGGGGGUGAAGUGGACGUCAGAGGAACAUACUGUGCAGUUGUUGUAGCAAAGUUAACAGGCAUUGUAGAUCAGAAACUUUUCAGUGGUACCAGUGAAUGGAUUCUGAAAUGCCAGACAUAUGAAGGGGGUUUUGCUGGAACUCCAAAUCAGGAAGCACAUGGAGGUUAUACAUUUUGCGCUCUAGCUGCACUUACACUUCUAGGCCAAGAAAGCAAAUGUAACGUAAGAUGUCUAUUGAGAUGGGCUUGCAAUCGGCAAAUGAAAUUUGAAGGGGGUUUUCAAGGAAGAACAAAUAAACUGGUGGAUGGCUGCUACUCAUUCUGGCAAGGUGCACUUUUCCCUUUGUUGCAUUUCCUGUUAGCGAAAUCGGAUCAAUAUAGCGAAGCGUUAGAUGCAAAGAGAUGGCUCUUUAACCAAGAAGCUCUUCAGGAGUAUUUGCUCGUGUGUUGUCAACACCCGUUCGGCGGACUUCUCGACAAACCUGGGCGACCUCGUGAUUUCUAUCACACUUGUUAUGGAUUAAGUGGUCUUUCCAUAGCACAGCAUGUAAGCGGCUCUGGAAAGUCAUCCAUCGUAGGUAGCCCAACCAACGAACUGGCUUUGACCCAUCCCAUCUAUAAUCUGGGUGUGAAUGCUGUGAUGAGUGCACUGAACUAUUUUAAUUCGCAGCCUUUAAGGAUUUGACCAGUUGCGGUAGUAACGACGUACCCAUCAUCUUCCUCUUUGAAAUAAACUGAGCUCUUAUCUUCCCGUUUUAAAGUGUGUUUCCUUUUUGCAUUUUAAAAGCCGUAUUGGUGAGAAUCGCUGGACUGCUCAUAUCGGUUGCUGACAACCAGCACUUACAUCCCUUUCAACUAUAAAAUGUGCUGAUUGUUUGAAAAAUUAGAUAGGUGGCCAGGAUCUGGGUACUUAACUGAUUACUGGACGUGAAGCACGUCAGAUGAGACUGUCGCAAAUAGGCGUAAAGUUCAAAUUUUGUCCCCUCUAAAGAGCUGCUUAACUUCCGCUCUUAAACUUUUCCAUCGUGCGUUUUAUACCUGUUGUAUUUUCUGAAGCUUAUUAGCCCCAUAUCACAGCUUUUACUUUACCGAGAUAAACUUGUGUGGGUCUCUCCCGUAAUAUAAAUAAAUAUAUUAGAUAUGUUG